GAAGUGUUUCCCUGUAGAGCUUUUCAGCACUGCCAGGACGGGACACAACGCGGCCCCCGCGGUUCCUGGCAGGGGCGGGCCAGUUUGAGUUCAUUCAACCACAAUAUAAAAUUCACUGCACCGGAUAUAAAAAUGACAAAAAACUGGAUCACGUUUUUGCUGUUGUUCUUGUCAGUUACUAUGUUUUUUGCCACUGCUAUACCAUCUGAAGGGCACCAGAAUAUGACGGAGGACUUCACUCAACUGAGCGUUACACGGAAUAAAAUUAUGACAGCACAGUAUGAAUGCUACCAGAAAAUUAUGCAAGAUCCUAUUCAUAGGAAAGAAGGUCCUUACUGUAACAGGACAUGGGAUGGCUGGUUGUGCUGGAGUGAUGUUGCUGCUGGAACUGUGUCAGUACAGCGUUGUCCUGACUACUUUCAGGAUUUCAACCCAUCAGAAAAAGUUACGAAGAUCUGUGAUUCGAGCGGUAAUUGGUUUAGACAUCCAGAAAGCAACAGGACGUGGACAAACUAUACCCAGUGUAAUAUCUAUACGCAUGAAAAAGUGAAGACUGCUCUGAACUUGUAUUACUUGGCCAUCAUUGGACAUGGUCUUUCAAUUGCAUCACUUCUGAUUUCCCUUGGCAUAUUCUUUUAUUUUAAGAGCUUGAGUUGCCAAAGGAUUACCCUGCAUAAAAAUCUAUUUUUCUCUUUUGUUUGCAACUCUGUUGUAACAAUAAUUUCACUGACUGCAGUUGCCAACAAUCAGGAGUUAGUUGCAACUAAUCCAGUUAGCUGCAAAGUGUCACAGUUCAUCUACCUGUACCUAAUGGGUUGCAACUACUUUUGGAUGUUGUGUGAAGGCAUUUACCUGCAUACUCUCAUUGUGGUGGCUGUUUUUGCCGAGAAACAACACUUGAUGUGGUAUUAUCUUCUUGGCUGGGGUUUUCCACUGAUCCCUGCCUGCAUACAUGCUGUUGCUAGAAGUUUAUAUUAUAAUGACAAUUGUUGGAUCAGCUCUGAUACUCAUCUGCUAUACAUCAUCCAUGGCCCUAUUUGUGCUGCUCUGUUGGUGAAUCUUUUCUUCCUGCUAAACAUCGUUCGUGUUCUCAUAACCAAGCUGAAGGACACCCAUAAGGCAGAAUCCAACCUGUACAUGAAAGCAGUGAGAGCGACCUUGAUUCUGGUUCCACUACUUGGCAUUGAAUUUGUCCUGUUUCCAUGGCGACCAGAAGGCCGGAUCGCAGAGGAAGUGUAUGACUAUGUGAUGCACAUCCUCAUGCAUUACCAGGGUCUACUGGUGGCUACAAUUUUCUGCUUCUUUAAUGGAGAGGUCCAAGCCGUUUUGAGAAGACACUGGAAUCAGUACAAAAUCCAAUUUGAGCACAGCUUCAGCCACUCGGAUGCGAUGCGCACCGCUUCCUACACUGUGUCAUCAAUCAGCGAUGUUCAAGGCUACAGCUACAAUCAUGACUGCACCAGCGAACAUUUAAAUGGGAAGGGCUACCAUGACAUGGAGAGCGUUGUUUUAAAAACUGAAAAGCUGUAUGGUUGACUGCCAGAGGCUCAGCAUAUGCUCGCGUGCUUCACCUUGCACACUCCAAGUUUGAUUUAAUGACUUCACGGCCAGAAGAUUUUUACCUAACAGGAUAUGUUUUUCUCCUGAAUGACACAAACUAAACCAACAUGUUUUUCAUUCGUAUGUAUAUAUUUGCAUAUAUACAUAUGUUUGUGUUUCUGUGUAUCUAUAGAGUAUGGACAUCUGUACAUAUAUAUAUCUAUAUGUGCAUUUAUAUACGGAUACAAACUUUGCCUCUUCAGUUUCUACUGUGUAGACAAAGUUGGCAAUUUUUUGUACAAAGGGAAUCAAUGAAGGAUUUCUUAUUUUCUUGGAAGUUUGUAUAAGACUGUUUAUGUGUUGAAGCCACUUAAUUUGCCUAUAGAAUCUUUAGAGUGUAAAUACCAUACUGUAUUGUCUUAAUUCAACCUAAAACAGGACAAAGGAAAAUGAUCAAAGUAGGUGCAAUAAUAACAAUAGAUUGGCCAGGUUAAUUUUGAGUCUAGCAUUUGACUGUCAAAAAAGGCCAAGAAAUAGUCUGAGAUAAGAGUCAAAAAUAUUGAUGGUUUGGUUUGGUCAAAGAUAUCGACGGUUUUGUUUGGCCAGUCUAUUUUUUCCACUAUUUUAAAUCAAGCACGGAGACACCAGUGCAUAGAGACACUGAUACUCUACUUCUCUACUGCAAUGUACUAUUUUAAAGCAAGCUUUGAGCAAUUUUAUUUAAACUACUUUUGCAUAUACAGGAGUGUUGUCUCCUCCUCCAGUUUAUGGAAGUUUCUUAUUGGCUUUAACUCAGACAAGCUCACUGAGACCUUACUGCCAGGAACAGCAGUAACCUGGAUAGCAGUAAAUCCAGACACUGAUACAUAAUCGAAGCUGAUGGAACUUCACCAUGUGCUUAAGGAAUUUACUCAACUGAGAAAAGAUCACGUACAGAAUUUGCUGUAAUGAUGUUGUUUCAUUUUAACUAUUUUCCUAGCCCUAUGCUUCAUAAUUUAUUCCUUCAUUCCUAGGGGGAAGUUUUGAUUAAUUUUGUGGCUUUUUUUGACUGAGAAAAGCAUGCAAGACUGAACACAGUGCAAAUGACAUACUACUUUUAAAACCAGUGUAUGAGAUUCAGACUAAUCAAGCAGACUAAUGCAAUUGUCAUUAUUUGGAAAAUCUAGUAUAAAGUUUGUCUUAUAAAGGUUCAAAACAUUAUUGAUUGAGAAUAAUAGAGUAUUAUUUUGGAGUGCUUGGUUCUGAAUCUCUUAUCUGUUACCUAGCUUAGAACAGUAUUUUAUAAGUUGUUUUUUUGGUUCUACUGGUAAAUAAAGGUCUCACUGGAAAUGAGGAGAUUGUCAGGAAGAUCUUGAAGAAAUAUGUCUUUAUAGAAAUUUAUGUUUUUGUAAAUCUUUA